AUGUUCUCCCGUUCCAAGAGGAAGGCUGAGCUUCGAGAGGAGCUGGUCCUUGCUCUCAGUGAUACCAUCCACAAGCGGCACAUCCCAGCGGAAAGCUUCGUGACGCGAAGCAGCCUGACAACUAUCUGGACAUUUUCGCGUCGCUUGGAAAGGUUUAUCGAUCUGAUGAGACUUGGUGUUCCAAAGCCUUGUAUUCCGAUAGUGAAAGACGAAUUUAUCCAGACCAUCUCAAUCCUGGUUUAUAUCGGCUGGACGGAAUGGCACCGGUUUGGCCAGGUAUUUCUCGACCAUUUCGACGCUCAAGGAAACAGAGACCGGUCAGACCGGAUGAUCCCUACGAAUACAUUGACCACACUGGAGGACAACUCAUAUCUAGGAAGGCUGUGGGCUGGAAGAUUUCUCGAGAAUCAAUACACUUUUUGCCCAGUGGAUUUGAAAGAAGGGGAAAACGGCCCCGUAUCCAAGGAAUGGAGGCUUCCUUUCAUCAACACACACGAAGAAAUAAUCGGGAAAGGGGGGUAUGGCAAGGUCACCAAAGAGAUUGUGGCUGGAGAGCACUUUGAUCUCGAACCAGCGCACCCAGGAUUGUUGAAUAAGAAAGACAUCCAGGUUGCUCGCAAACGUUUCAUCACAAGGGGGGACUUUCACCGUGAAACCAGAAACCUCAACUUGCUGCGCUCCAGCCUAUGCCAACACGACCGAAUCCUUCCCCACCUGGCAACGAUCACCAUCGGUAAUGAGUGCAAUGUUCUUUCCUCGCUGGCUGACAUGGAUCUUGAGAAAUUUCUCCAAGGGGAGUUUACAAGACCAUUCACUCUCAAAGACCUUCUUGCCGAAGCAGCAGUAUUAGCCGGCGCGCUGGCUUUUCUGCACAGUGGUAUACAAGUCGAAGACUCAGUGAAAGAGUUUUGUCACAGGGAUAUGAAGCCGGCCAAUAUACUAGUAUUUUAUGGGGAGGGGGGCGCGAAUAAAUACCCAGUGGGCAAAUGGAAAAUAUCUGAUUUUGGUAUCUCGACCAUUAUCCAGCCGGAAAGAAGACCAUCCAAUGCUGCUGGCAUUCCCGAUAAUUUCACUCACACGGUGCACGUAACUGCUCCAGCUCGCUUCAAAGGGCCAUAUCAGUCACCCGAGGUCUGCCUAGGGGAGAAAUACGGUCGUCGCAGUGACGUCUGGUCUCUUGGGUGUAUCCUUGUCCGGGUUCUGGCACUCGAACUGGAAGGGCAUGAAGGGCUGGCGAGACUGGACGAGAAGAGGUCUAAAGCCGCGGAUGGGAUUUCGGAUUAUGAGAAUGAUUAUUUCCAUCGAGGGUCGCCUCCAGCUCUCAAUCCACAUAUCGAAGCAUGGCUGAACGAACUUCCUGAGCGAUGCUUGCCUUAUUCUAGCCAGCUUUUGCAAGAAUGCAGAGACUUGCUUUUAUCGAUGUUAGCCAUCGACAAAGAUAACAGGCCAUCAGCGCAAAAUGUCUGCGGCCUACUGCACGAUCUCACAGGUCUCGCUGAUCAGCUAGAUACUAGCUCGUCAUCUGAUCUGGGCUCAUAUAGUCUGACCACUUCACCACCACCAUCAGAUACACCAAGUGAUGUCACACCAUACAAACCUCCAUCAGGCAGAUCUACAGUGCCAGUCGAGUAUCUCGUGGAGGCAAUUCAGAAAAACGACACGAGAGGAAUAGAAACUAUGCUGGCUGGGACUGUGGAUGUUGAAGAUAAGCAUGAAAAUGAUCGCCCGCUAAUUCAUGCUAUUCGAGUAGCCAAUCUUCAGGCGAUCGGAAUGCUUCUGAACCAGCGACAAUGGCUAGAUCUCGAGACCCCCGACCUAUAUGGACACACUCCUCUGCGGCUUGCCACUGAUGCUGGAAGCCAUGAGAUGGUCAGCUUGCUACUGGGAUACGGUGCCUCAGUCGACGGCCGGUCUAAGAACGACAUCACGCCCCUUAUGAGGGCUGCCAGACACGGCUAUCCUGAUAUAGCUGAGACCUUGCUGAAAGCAGGAGCAAACAUUCUCGCCUGUUGCUCAGAUGGAUACACAAGUCUUCACUACACUGCCUGGAGCAAGCUGGGAGGGGAGGUGAUCCGGCUCUUCCACGGCAAAAUGCCUAUCGACAUUCAUCGAACCACCAAUCAGGAGACACCGUUGCUUACUCUUGUCAAGAACUAUGAGAACAACCCUCCAUGGUGGGACAAGUUGGAUGCAAUGCUUGGGGGAGGGGCCGAUGUUAACAUGGCGGACUCAAGAGGGUUCACGCCGCUUUAUUUUGCGGUGACAGAAGAUUACUAUCCACUUGCGCAGCGGCUUGCUCAACACGAAGCUCAGUAUGGAGAGAGACCUGUUCCUCACCGAAUGUCGUCGGAAAUGAAGAUGCUAGUGAGGCGCCAAACUGGACGAUUUAGCCGAAUUUAUCGGAAGAGUCUUGAUUCUUGA